GCUCUGCAGCAGAUAACAUGCACAGACUCAUCUGAAUCCUUCCACAACAGACAAGAUGACACCUCUUCUCCUCUUUAUGGCCGUGCAUGUGGCAGCUGGACUACCUGUUGAGAGAAUAGCUGCAGGAGCCGGUGUGGUGAAAUAUGCAUCCUGGGAUGACGUAAACAUAGUGGCUCAUGGCCUUCUGCAGGUGGGACAAGGCCUGAGGGAGCAUGUGGAGAAGACCAAGGCCCAGAUGAAAGAUGUCAAUGCCAAGCUGAAAGUCUUCAACAGCUCAGUAUCUGAUCUGGGGAGAAAACAGAAGGAGCAAGACAAAGCUCUGAAGGCCAGGAAGGAGGAGGUGGAAGAGAAGGAGAAACUGGCAGCACAGCUGGCUGAGGAGGUGAUGGCCAAAGUGAACGAGGUGAAGAAGGAGAGUGCGAACAUUCACUCCAGAAUGCAGAGGCUGGAGGAGAAGAUGGUGGAAGUGCUGGCAGAGCCAAAAGUAGACAGCAACUCCAGUGUUCACUCAGCAGUCCCAUUGGUCCAGAGUUUAAUGGAAGCUCAAAACAGACGCAUUGACCAGCUGGUGGAGAAAAUCAAACAACAACAAGACAAACUGGAGAAGCAGAGCCUGCACCUUCAGGCACUCCAGACCAAGGUGGCAAAAAAGAGAGUGAAAUCUCACCAACAGAGAGAUGAAGAGAUGGGACUGAGGGGAGAGCCAGAACCUGGAAACACUAUGUCGAGUUUGGCCAGGGAUUGCCACGAUUUAUUUGUUCAAGCUCAGCGACCCAGUGGUGUCUACACCAUCCAGCCUGAAAACUCCCAACCCUUCAAUGUCCUGUGUCAAAUGACACCAGAAGGUGGGUGGACCUUCAUCCAACAACGUCACGAUGGAUCCCAGAACUUCAAUCAGCUGUGGGAUCAGUAUAAGAAAGGUUUUGGCAAUCUAAAAGGUGAAUUUUGGUUGGGCUUGGACAACAUCCGCUCCAUUUCCAGACAAGGCGAGUAUAUUCUGCAGGUGGAAGUCGCCGAUUGGACAGGAGAGGAGCACCAGGUUCAGUAUCGGUUCCAACUUGAUGGAGAAGAAAAGAAAUACACUCUCCAUCUGGAGCAAGCUUCUUCAGAUGGCAUUCUGGACAUACCUCUGUCGACUGGAGCUUCUGGACUUCCCUUCUCCACAUCAGACCAGGACAACGACCUCAGUGAUGACAAAAACUGUGCUGAGCUUCUCUCAGGGGGCUGGUGGUUCAGCAGCUGUGGUGAGUCCAAUCUGAACGGCAAGUAUCACAAAAGACUGAGACUGUCCAGCAGACAGGGGAUGUUCUGGAACUCCACAGUGGGACACAAACCUUUGAAGAGCACUCUCAUGAAGAUUGCACCGACCACAAUAAAGCAAUGAGUCCCAGAGGAUGUAGCAUUUUUCUGCACCAGUCAUACUUUAAAACAAGAACAUAUGUAUAAGCAGCGUUUUAUCUUGAAUGUAUUAGAAGCACAAAGUAAAACUUUCACAUGGUUAGCUUCAGUAUAAACACAAAUGUUCACUCCUGAUCACACACUGGAUCAUCUGAUAUUUCUAUGCUAUAUAAUUCAUCAUGUCGGUCAUAUUGACUGGUUUAACAUAAUUCCCCUUUAUAAGGGAUGUAUUUUUUGUUUUAUAUCUUAAUUACUUCUCAUUACAUCAUGUUUUUUACAUUUCUGUGUAUUUUUCAAUCAAAUGGAUGAAAAUAAAGUUUUAUAAGCU